UCUCUCUCCCUCCAUCUAUCUCUCUCUCUCAAUCUCUCUCUCUCUCUAGAUCAUUAUAUAUUGAAGAACAUGGCAAGAAAAAAUAGGAAAGACCCAACACAACACAACAAAGAAAUGGAAAACCUCCUCCUUCUCCUAUCUCUCUUUGCUCUCUUUCCUUCUCUCCAAGCUCUUCCAUGGAGUACCCAACGCAACAACAACCAACAACCCUACAACCUUAACAACUUCGAAGGCUCCUCUGACCUUGUCAACCUCGAAUACCACAUGGGUCCUGUCCUUGCUUCCCCUAUCAACCUUUACAUCAUUUGGUAUGGCCAUUGGAACCCUAACCACCAAGACAUCAUUAAAGAUUUCAUUUUCUCACUCUCUUCUCCUCCUCCUCCAUCCCAUCGUCCUUCCGUCGCCGAAUGGUGGCAAACGGUCGAGCUCUACUCCGACCAAACUGGCUCGAACAUCACCGGGACUAUCCGUCUCUCGGGUGAGUUCCACGACUCGUAUUACUCACAAGGCAACUACCUGACCCGUUUAGCCAUACAACAUGUCAUAAAAAACUCACUCACUCAAACUAAUCCAAGACCUUUGCCACUAAAUCCUUACACUGGCCUUUACUUAGUCCUCACCUCAUCAGAUGUCCAAGUUCAAGACUUUUGUAGGGCAGUGUGUGGAUUCCAUUACUUCACAUUCCCGGCGGUUGUUGGCGCGACGGUGCCGUAUGCUUGGGUCGGCGACAGCGGGAAGCAAUGCCCCGGCGUCUGCGCCUACCCGUUCGCACGACCGGAAGGGUCGGAGGCUCCGCCGCCGAGCAAGAUCAUGGGGGCGCCAAAUGGGGAUGUGGGGGUAGAUGGGAUGGUGAGUGUGAUAGGUCAUGAGUUAGCAGAGACAUCAAGCAAUCCGUUGGUGAAUGCUUGGUAUGCAGGAGAUGAUCCAAGGGCUCCAACGGAGAUAGCUGACUUGUGUGUGGGAUUGUAUGGGUCGGGUGGGGGAGGAGGGUAUGUUGGGAAUGUGUAUAAAGAUGAUUGGGGUAAUGGGUAUAAUUUGAAUGGUGUUAAGGGGAGGAAGUUCUUGGUUCAAUGGGUUUGGAAUCCUGUUCAAAGAAGGUGUUUUGGACCAAAUGCUUUGGAUUAAUCUUUUGAUUUUUGAUUGUUGUAUUUGGAUGAGCUUUUUAAGGUUGUUUUCAAUCAAUGUUUGAACUUUUUAGAA